AUGAAAGUAACGAAGAGACGGCCCCCAGUCCCCGGCGGCCCCGCUAUUCCUGGCUACGGUGGCGACCAUGGUAACGGCAGGGCAGGAGGUGCUAAGAAUCUCCGGUGGAGGUUCGGUUGCCACCUACGACGACUCGACCUGGCAACUUAUAGCGCACGCACCCUGAGGACUGACGAGAAGAUCCUGGAGCUGGAAGAAGAGAUAGACAAGUUGCGCUGGAAUGUCAUAGGAUUAUCCGAAGUCCGAAGAGAGGGGGAGGACACGGUUAUCCUCGAAUCCGGCAAUUUGUUCUAUCACCGGGAGGGCGACCAUCUCUCCCAAGGAGGUGUCGGAUUUAUCGUCCACAAGUCUCUCGUUAACAACUUUGUAGAGAUUGGGAGUCAUACAGGUUUACGCACCCAUCUCGGUAUACCCCGAUGA